AUGGAGUUUUCUAUGUUUGUACGUGUUGCGGUCACGGUACCAACUUUGUUGGGUCUCCUGAAUGCCUCACAUGUCGACGGGAAGGAGAUUCUUUUCGUGGUACCGCCGUUUUCAGCCAGUCGGUGGUUCGCUAUGGCGACCGUAGGGCAAGCGCUAGUGAACAAAGGGCAUCAUGUCACGGUAAUUGUACCGGAGGACAUGGUCGCUACAAGACAAGCGGAGAGACCUGACUUUCGGUACUCGACAUUCCCGGAUCUUCACUCGCAGGCAAGGCUGACUGAGGUCCGACGGAAAUACAUAUCCACUGUUGGAAAACUCUCCGUCUUUCACGUCAUUCGGCUAUCCAUGCUGGAGUCUGAACAUGCUGUCAAACAUUGUGACCUGAUGCUUAGUAAGAGUAGUCUUCUACCAAGAUCACAGUAUAAUGUUCUAGUGAGUGAUCCCAUGUUCCCCUGUGGGGCUUUCAUCGCGGCGCGACUGAAAAUUCCCCACAUCGCCAUCCUGCGCUUCGACCGUUUUAAUCUUGACGCAAAGGCAACGGGUGCUAUCCUUCCUCGGUCCUAUGUUCCAUCAACAUACUCAAGUUUUACUGACAAAAUGACAUUUCUAGAGCGAAUGUCAAAUGCCCUUAUAGAUGUUUUAACAAACUCAGCAUUCCAGUGGACAGUUUUGAGUGGUUUUGACGACUUAGCUCAGAAGUAUGUCAGUCAGAACGAGUCCACUCAGAGCGUCGUGUCGCGCACAGACGUCUGGCUGUACACUACAGACUCCCUACUAACGGGAGACUUCCCCCGUCCAACCAUGCCCAACAUCGUGCACGUGGGUGGACUACAUGUUCGGGAAAGCAAGCCUCUUUCCAUGGAAAUGGAGGAUUUUAUGGAGAGUUCUGGCAAUGAGGGAGUCAUUGUCGUCAGUUUUGGGUCAAUAGUGAAGACGAUGCCUAUGGAGAAAGCCGAGAUCUUGGCAUCUGCCUUCUCCCGGCUCCGGCAGAAGGUGGUGUGGCGAUACGGAGGGAAACGGCCACCCGGCCUCGGGGACAACACCAGACUGAUGGACUGGCUGCCCCAGAACGACCUCUUAGGUCAUCCAAGGACCCGAGCGUUUGUCACUCACACCGGAGCACAUGGUGUGUACGAGGCCCUGUAUCACGGGGUGCCGAUGGUUUGCCUUCCAACAUGGGGAGACCAGCCGGGAAAUGCCGCCCGGAUAGAGGCACAUGGCGUCGGCAUUAAGCUGGAUUUCGACACCAUCACCACAGAGCAGUUGUACCAGGCUAUUGUGCAGGUUACGGAAGAGGUUAGGUACAAAGAGACAGCAGCCCGCCUAUCCCGCCUACACCGUGACCAGCCCCAGUCACCCAUGGAGCGGGCCGUCUGGUGGAUAGAACACGUCAUCAAAUACGGGGGACUGCCUCAUCUCCGCGCACGCGCCAUGGAGCUGCCGUGGUACCAGUACUACCUACUUGAUGUGGCUGCUUUCCUGCUGGUCUCCUGUUCAGGCAUACUGUGGGCCGUGUGGCGCAGCUGUUCGUUUAUCUGUAGUAAAUCUUGCCUUAAAAGUGGACACAAGCUCAAGUCUCAGUAGCUACCGCCCCAUUGAUUAUAUUGCCAGAAUGGCUAGUAAUUUCGCAUGCAUGUUAGCUGACUCUAGUUUGGGUUCCGUUUUCCUCGCUGCAAGAAGUAUAGAAAUAGUGUCGAGCGAUCUGAACGUGCUAUAUCAUCAUUUCGAGACUAUUAUACAAGUAUUAUACAGUUACCCAAAGCCUGAUCAUUUAAAUCUGAGUAGCCAAAGUAUAGGCCGGCUUAGGGGUCUUGAUCUUCUGAUCCCCCUACGUCUGCUAUGUAGUUUGCGGAAACGGGUGAUGAGGUGUUUUUUUUUAAACUUGCACAUGAUUGUGUUGAAGGACUGAAGAUUAUUAGCAGCUUUAUUUUGGAAUGAACCGGAUUUGGGUUGGAGAUCGUGGACUUUUGCUGAUAGUUUUGAUGUGGCAUAGCAAUAUAAAUAUACACCUGUCACUUAGCUACUGUCCUGCAGCUGUACUGUUUAUUGAACCAGUAGUACAUACAUGCACAGGAAGGGAGUGGUAUUCUAAGCAAUAUGAUUGAUAUCUCGAUGAAAAGUCUUCCGGUGUAUCACGUAUCAUAGUGAAUGCGGUGCAAUGUGAAAAAAAAACGUUCCAGUCAGCCUUUAAGCUAAGCUUCUUUGGAAGAAAGGUUAACCUUCCGAUGUAAGGAAAUAUUAAUCUGCUUGCUUGGCCAUGGAAUCUAUCAUAACAGAAACCACGCAACUUUCCCCUUAGAUCAUACCAAGAAGAAGAGAAGACCGUCCUCGUGGGAAACCAUAGGAAGAAACAAAUCAACUAAUUCAGAACAUGUUGUUGUCUUUGUUUAAUGUCCAUUGUUUCACUAGACGUUAACGUCCAUCAAUUGUUCAGGUGUUAAUUCCUUGACCCCAAACACGCAUACAUAUACUG